AUGCACGUUUUCUUUCCUUUGCUUUUCCGCCCUUCCCCUGUUCUGUUCAUCGCAUGUGCAUAUAUAUAUAUAGAUAUAUAUAUACAUUGUACACGGUGCACGGUAGUGAACAUAACUAUGAGCACGAACAGAGUCCCGAACCUCGACCCGGACUUGAAUUUAAACAAAGAAAUCUGGGACCUGUACUCGAGCGCCCAGAAAAUAUUGCCCGAUUCUAACCGUAUUUUGAACCUUUCUUGGCGUUUGCAUAACCGCACGUCUUUCCAUCGAAUUAACCGCAUAAUGCAACAUUCUAACUCUAUUAUGGACUUCUCCGCCUCGCCCUUUGCCAGCGGCGUGAACGCCGCUGGCCCAGGCAACAACGACCUCGAUGACACCGAUACUGAUAACCAGCAAUUCUUCCUUUCAGACAUGAACCUCAACGGAUCUUCUGUUUUUGAAAAUGUGUUUGACGACGAUGACGAUGAUGAUGACGUGGAGACGCACUCCAUUGUGCACUCAGACCUGCUCAACGACAUGGACAGCGCUUCCCAGCGUGCUUCACAUAAUGCUUCUGGUUUCCCUAAUUUUCUGGACACUUCCUGCUCGUCCUCCUUCGAUGACCACUUUAUUUUCACCAAUAACUUACCAUUUUUAAAUAAUAAUAGCAUUAAUAAUAAUCAUAGUCAUAAUAGUAGUCAUAAUAAUAACAGUCCCAGCAUCGCCAAUAAUACAAACGCAAACACAAACACAAACACAAGUGCAAGUACAAACACCAAUAGUCCUUUACUGAGAAGAAACCCCUCCCCAUCUAUAGUGAAGCCUGGCUCGCGAAGAAAUUCCUCCGUGAGGAAGAAGAAACCUGCUUUGAAGAAGAUCAAGUCUUCCACUUCUGUGCAAUCUUCGGCUACUCCGCCUUCGAACACCUCAUCCAAUCCGGAUAUAAAAUGCUCCAACUGCACAACCUCCACCACUCCGCUGUGGAGGAAGGACCCCAAGGGUCUUCCCCUGUGCAAUGCUUGCGGCCUCUUCCUCAAGCUCCACGGCGUCACAAGGCCUCUGUCGUUGAAGACUGACAUCAUUAAGAAGAGACAGAGGUCGUCUACCAAGAUAAACAACAAUAUAACGCCCCCUCCAUCGUCGUCUCUCAAUCCGGGAGCAGCAGGGAAAAAGAAAAACUAUACAGCAAGUGUGGCAGCGUCCAAGAGGAAGAACUCACUGAACAUUGUCGCACCUUUGAAGUCUCAGGACAUACCCAUUCCGAAGAUUGCCUCACCUUCCAUCCCACAAUACCUCCGCUCUAACACUCGCCACCACCUUUCGAGUUCCGUACCCAUCGAGGCGGAAACGUUCUCCAGCUUUCGGCCUGAUAUGAAUAUGACUAUGAACAUGAACCUUCACAACGCCUCAACCUCCUCCUUCAACAAUGAAGCCUUCUGGAAGCCUUUGGACUCCGCAAUAGAUCAUCAUUCUGGAGACACAAAUCCAAACUCAAACAUGAACACCACUCCAAAUGGCAAUCUGAGCCUGGAUUGGUUGAAUCUGAAUUUAUAG